AGGUGUGGACGAAAGAGGAGGCCUACAGUGAGGCUAAUGAGAAUGUAAACAGGCUGUGAUUAAUAACAACAGCGAUGUUUACGCUCAUUUUAGCAGUAGACAUUUGCAGCUUGUUGUAGGGAGGGUGGUCCUGGUGGGCGGGACUUGGGCGGCGCCCGUGAAGAGCCAUCCUUGGAGGAAGCUCGCAGCUUUGACAGCUCGCGUUUUCGCCUCAGUUUUGUCGACCCCCAAGACGACGAAGAUGGAUUAUGUGCGCUGUUUUCUACCCUGAAGUCCGUCCCGUUUCAGACGAGGAAGGCUGCUCGGUGUCGGUUGGCGUUGCUGCUCCGUUGUCACGGUAAUGGCGCGAGCCACGCGUCCGCUUCACUUCAGACUAAGCCGUCCUUGAUAUACGCCUUUCCCCUCAAGGUGGCCUGCUUCUAUCUCUGGAUCAAGCACGUGUAAGCCACGGCAUCACACCGCCAGAAACCCCAUCUGACCUUGACCUUGUACCUGGACCAUUACCCUGGGCUUGGUGGUCAUGUCUAGCCCCAGCAGUAGUCCAGAGAGAGAUGGGGGGAUGGUGGGCUCAGUGCAGCUGGAGAACCUCUCCUCUCCUGCAGGCCUGGAGGCUGACCCCCCCUCUGUAGGAAGCCCUGUGCUCAGUCCAGACUCCAGUUCCCAUGAUGCUGCACUCUCUGCACCAGCAGCCUCACCAGCUGACUCAGAAAAUCUUAGCCCAGAUGAGCUGGAGCUGCUAGCUAAGCUGGAGGAACAGAAUAGGCUACUAGAGGCCGAUUCCAAGUCCAUGCGCUCCAUGAGCGGUUCCCGCAGAAACAGCGGCUCCUCGUUAGUGUCCAGCUCUUCUGCCUCCUCCAACCUUUCUCACCUAGAAGAGGACACCUGGAUCCUGUGGGGGCGCAUUGUCAACGAAUGGGACGAGUGGAGGCGCAAGAAGGACAAACUGCUUAAGGAGCUGAUCAGGAAGGGCAUUCCACAUCACUUCCGGGCAAUUGUAUGGCAGCUGCUGGGCAAUGCCACUGACAUGCCGGUGAAGAACCAGUACUCCGAGCUGCUGAAGAUGUCCUCGCCCUGCGAGAAACUCAUACGCAGAGACAUCGCCCGCACCUACCCCGAGCACGACUUCUUCAAGGGUCAAGACAGUCUGGGCCAGGAGGUCCUCUUCAACGUCAUGAAGGCAUACUCCCUAGUGGAUCGUGAGGUGGGAUACUGUCAGGGCAGUGCUUUCAUCGUUGGACUGCUUCUAAUGCAGAUGCCAGAGGAGGAGGCGUUCUGUGUGUUUGUGCGGCUGAUGCAGGAGUACAGGCUCAGAGAGCUCUUCAAACCCAGCAUGGCAGAGCUGGGCCUCUGCAUAUAUCAGUUUGAGUACCUGCUGCAGGAACAGUUGCCGGAGUUGAACGUCCAUUUUCGCUCACAGAGUUUCCACACCUCCAUGUACGCCUCAUCGUGGUUCCUCACACUCUUCCUCACCUUCCUGCCUCUGCCCAUAGCAACACGCAUCUUUGAUAUCUUCAUGUAUGAGGGUUUGGAGAUUAUAUUCCGAGUGGGGAUAGCCAUUUUACAGUACAACCAGACAGACCUCAUACAGCUGGACAUGGAGGGCAUGUCACAGCACUUCCAGAAGGUGAUACCUCACCAGUUUGACAGCUGCCCUGAUAAACUUAUCCUUCGGGCCUACCAAGUUAAAUACAACCCCAAGAAGAUGAAAAAAUUGGAGAAGGAAUACACCACAAUCAAGAACAAGGAAAUGGAGGAGCAGAUUGAAAUUAAGAGACUACGAACAGAGAACAGACUGCUGAAGCAGAGAAUUGAGACACUAGAGAAGGAAAGUGCUGCGCUGGCAGACAGGUUGAUCCAGGGCCAGGUGACACGGGCACAGGAAGCAGAAGAGAACUAUGUGAUCAAACGGGAAUUAGCUGUGGUGCGUCAGCAGUGCACAACAGCCAGUGAAAAUCUGGAAAAAGCACAGGACACAAUACGAGAACUGCAGCAACACACAUACACAGAACAGUUUGUGCAUGGGCUGCAGACUCAGCUGGAGCAGUCUCGCCUUCAGGAGGCAGAGCUCCUCAGUGCACUGAAGGAGAUGCAGGACAAGGUGCUGGACCUCGAGAAGAGGAGCAGUUCCCUGCCUGAUGAGACAAAUGUUGCGCAGCUGCAAGAGGAGCUGAAGCAGGUGAAGCUGAGAGAGUUGGAGACACUACGCUCCUUCAGAGAGCUGCAGGACAUCGUCACUGAACUCAACCAGCGCUGGCAGCACCACACAUCUCGUGGAGGAGGCCACUGGAAAGAGUCUCCCAAGAAGAACGCCUUGAAUGAGCUGCAGGACAAAUUAAUGAGCCUAAAACUGAGAGAGGCUCAGACCCAGGCUGAGCUCAAAGAGGUCAAACUCAAAAACCUGCAGCUGGAGAGCCAGAAUCAGAUUUUCAGUAAAGCAGUCAGCCGUCAUGAGCAGGAGGGCGCCGCCCUGCAGGAGAGACUGCAGAAUGCCUUAUCUCACAACAAGAGUCUGCAGAGCCAGCUCAACGAGAUGAAGAGGAAACAGGCCGAGUCAGACUGCAAGAGUAAGGAGGAGGUGAUGGCAGUGCGCCUGAGGGAGGCAGACAGUAUGGCGGCCAUGGCCGAACUCCGACAAAAAAUAGCUGAGCUAGAAAUACAAAAAGAGGAAGGGUUGAUACAGGGUCAGCUGAAUCACUCUGAUUCUAGACAAUACAUUACUCAACUGAGGGAACAGAUCGCCGAGCUAAAGAAUGAGAUACGGCAGCUGCGUGGCCAGCCCUCCAAAUUCCAAAACUCUGGAGGCGGGGCGUUUCAGGACCUGUGCCUGGCUAGCCCGGCUUCUGCAGAAGGGGAUUACUUGAGUUCGGACGAGGACCUCCUCCAGAGCCCCCUGCCAGCCACGGCUCUGUACCCUCACCACCCGUCUCCACGGCUGGACAGCGAGGGCAGCACCGACAGUGACGGCGAAGAGAGGAACCAGCACCAGGACCUGCGGCAGGACGUCUUGCCCACUCCACAGCAGCUUUAUCCCGGUAUGGUUUGCCCUGAGGGCCUGGAGAACUGAUGGUGCUGGAGAAAAGAGGGUGGUGGAUUCAUACGGAGACAUGGGAGAGGAGAAACGCUGCACACACACGGGCAGAGUGACGGAGAACACGCGAGUACACACAUACGCAUACAUACUAAUACACACCCAUGAAGACCGAACUGUGAUUGGUGCAAAAGAAAGGGCAGAAUGCUUAAAUACCAUCUCAGUUCAAGAGAAAGACUGUGUAUGUAUAGAGACACGACAGAAGUACAGAAGCACAGACUGCGCUCUUAAAAAUAAAGGUGCAAAAAAGGGUUCUUUGGUGCAAUGCCAUAGAAGAACCACUUGUAAUUCCCUAAAGAACCUUUCAAAGAAUGGUAUUAUAUAUGGUAAAAUGGCAUUAUUGUAAUUAAGAUGUGUGACUCAGUUUACACCUGGUCAUUUGAUGUAGCUUGAGUAUCAGGAUUAUAAUGAUAUCCAAAUUAUCCACAUAUAAAUGCAGUAGAAAUGCAGUAGGCAAAUUCAAAACUUUAGAAAUCUGAUGUCUGAAACCACUUAAGGAGGUGGUCUGAGAUGAAUUUUAGCCUAAAAUGCAUCUGACAACCAAUUUGACACACAUUUGACAACCAUAUUUGACAACCAAUACUGCACUGAAGCCUCCCUCAGCUGUGCUACAUAUUGGGAAAAUAAAUGCCCACUGGACUGCCACCACUAAACAGAGGCAUCGCUGCUCCUUCACUCCAGCUCUAACAUUACACAUGACCUCCCUUCAGGAGGCUGAUUAUUCUAAACAGCCGUCUUCUUGUAAACAUCAGUGUAAAGCCAGUGUAAGGAAAUUAAUAAUGCCAUGCAGAAUUGUGAUUUUCAUCCAUCUUUUAAAUAAACCAGAAAAAAACAAGGAACAACAUUUAACCAGUGCAGUUCAACAGCCACAUUUACAGAACAAUCCCAUCUAUGUUAGGUACAAUUAAUGUGGUAUUAAUUUAGGAUAUCACCCAACAUAUUCAGUUAUGUCCAUGUGAGAGAAUGCAUGAAAAAAAUCAAUAAGUGAACGACAGGUUUUUUAACUCGGCAUUCAGUGUGUUUUUAGCAUCAGUGGGGGCUUUUACUGCAGUAACUUGGUUAACCGUUAUUGGGCACAACUCAAAUACAAGUCACAUGAAACAACCAGGUGUAAAUGGGGUCUGGAGGUUAGAACUGUGCAUACAAGCCAAGAAAUCUGUAGGAACCUUCAUUUUUAAGAGUGUGUGACAGAAGUAAUUCUUCCCUCCCUCUCUCUGACCGAUCUUACACCUGUCCAAAACUGAAACUUAACUUAUAGGAAAACACAAACGUCCAAAUGUCCAGUGGGAGCCAUAGAUCAGCCUCUGACAUACAUAUCCAUGCAUAUCAUGACUAUCAUCACCAUCAUGAAUUAGGUAUGAAGAUUCAGCCUUUGGUCGUCCUUUCCACUAGAUAAACUGAAA